AUGAUAUAAUGUCAAGCAUUAUCAAUUGAUGAUAUUUGUUAUUUUACUAAGUGUCAAUCAAAUGAAAAAAAUCAAAUCAAUCAAGAAGAAGUGCUCGUCGAACUCAAUCUUGAAAACAAUACCAUGGAUGCUUCCUAUGUUCCAUAUUUAGCAUGUGCAUUAAAACACAAUACAACACUUGCUGCAGUGGAUCUAAACCGAAAUCAAAUCAGACAGGAAGAAAUACAACAUGUGGCUAAUGCACUACGAAACAAUAUGACACUUGGUACACUAAAUCUGGACAAAAAUCGAAUGCGACAAGAAGGAGCACAAUAUCUAGCGGAUGUACUACGAAACAAUACGACUCUCACUCUCACUACAUUAAAUAUCGGUGGACAUCGUAUUGGACAUGAAGGGAUACAACAUCUGGCUGAUGCAUUACAAAACAACAAUACACUCAUUAAGCUUAGUAUUGGCGGAAAUCAGAUCGGACUAAAAGGUAUACAAUAUCUAGCAAAUGCAUUAGAAAAAAAUACAACAUUGACAACUCUCGAUCUGCAGGUUAAUCAUAUUGGAGAUGAAGGGAUACAAUAUUUAUGUAAUGUAUUACGAAAAACGCAAACACUGACUACACUCGAUCUUAGUAGUAAUCAAAUCGAAGCAUCGGGAGUAAGACAUCUGGCUGAUGUACUUGAAAACAAUUCAACACUGGUUACACUUAGUUUAAGAGACAAUGAAACGAGAAGUAAAGGCGUUGCAUAUCUGGCGUAUGCAUUACAAACGAAUAUGACACUUACUGUACUCAAUCUACGAUUCAAUUAUAUUGAUGAUGAUGGAGUAGAACAUUUGGCAAAUGCUUUAAGAACAAACAAAACACUAACUACUCUUAAUCUUUCGAAGAAUCAAAUCACAGCCACUGGAUCACGGUAUCUAGCUGAUGCAUUACAAAAGAAUACAACACUUACUGUACUCGAUCUCGAACGCAAUCAAGUCGGAAUGAUGGGAACAAAACAUCUAGCUAAUAUGUUACAAACGAAUUCAACUCUUAUGAUACUCAAUCUAUGGGACAAUCGAAUUAAAGAUAAAGGAGCUGAAUAUUUAGCUUCUGUAUUAGAAACUAACAUGACACUCACUAUAUUGGACAUUGGAUCAAAUAAUAUUGGAGACAAUGGAGCAGAACAUUUGUCUCAUGCAUUACAAACUAAUAAGGUUAGUUUGUUGCUUCGUUAUGU